GAAACGAACUUUCUCAAAUCCCCGACGCCCAAAAUCUCUUCUUCCUCUUCAAAACCCUAGAUUUAGCUUUUCUCCUCAAUCGGCCAUGGCGACUCCACCGUCUUCUACAGCUCCGCCGUCCGCCUCCUCCCAAUUCACCUACUCCAACGCCUCAUCCUCCUCCUCCUACUUCCCAAUGCCCUUUCACCUCCAGCAACCCCAAUACCCCGCGCCUUACACCGCCGCCGCCCCACCAGCCCCCGCCGUCGUCUACCCCGCUCCCGCUCCCGCUCCCGUCUACUCUCUCCCCCAGCAGUAUCAACAGGCUCAGCAGCUAUUUCAAAGGGACGCGCAGACGAUCACGCCUGAAGCUCUUGAGAGUGUGAAGGCUGCUCUUGCAAAUAGUGAGAUUGAGCACAAAGCUGAAGCUAAGAAGAAGGCGAUUCCUCGAAAAGCUGCCGGGCAGGCUUGGGAGGACCCAACCCUCGCAGAGUGGCCUGAAAAUGAUUAUCGCCUAUUUUGUGGUGAUCUUGGUAAUGAGGUGAACGAUGAUGUUCUUUCAAAAGCAUUUUCUCGAUUUCCUUCCUUUAACAUGGCCAGAGUUGUCAGAGACAAGAGGACCGGCAAAACUAAGGGAUUUGGAUUUGUUAGCUUUGCUAACCCUUCAGACCUGGCUGGAGCACUCAAGGAAAUGAAUGGCAAGUAUGUGGGGAAUCGGCCUAUUAAACUUCGCAAAAGUAACUGGAGGGAGAGGAUAGAUUAUGAUGCAUUAGAGAAACAAAAGAACUUCUCGCAUAAGAAGCCGAAGCUUUCAAAGAAGAGUAUAUUACACAAAUGAGCCCAGAGAAUUUGAAAACAUGAUGGUGAAUAUGGAGAUCUAUGAAGUGAAAGUACCUAUGCCUCUUAUUCUUCAUUCCUCAACUCCAACUUGCCCCUCCUGAUAAUCAAGUUGCUGUAGGGAGAUGUGAAACUUAAUGAUGUUAAUUUCAAAGAAUGGCUAGAAUGCGCUACAAUAUUGAAUUGUGAGGGUGUCUAGUCGUUCUGUGUUCUUAAGUCUAUUGCUGUCUCAGCUGUUGUCCGAAUGAGAGAGAGAGGACUUGGAUCCCUUACUCGGAAUGUACCCGACUAAUUGUUCAGUGUACACUACAAACUUUAGCUUCUUUAUAAUAGUUUCGUGAAACAAUAAAAAUAAAACCAUGGUCUUACAUACAAAAAAUAAUAAUAGUUUUUGGUUGCCUUGUGGGCGGUAUUGACAAGAGUGA